AUGCACAAUAGCGCCAACUAGUGGCCAAUUUCCGUAACUUCUUAUUGAUAUCUCUUGCUCUAAGUUCAUGUUGUAAUAUACUCUCGCUAAAAUUUGUGCUAUUUGCUGACAAACCCCAUGUUUAUUGAAUAUGUGCUCGUGUUUGGUUUGUUUUCCAUUAUAACGUAGUGAAAAUCUUGUCUCAAUGUAUAAGUUAUGCGGCAAGUUCCUUUCAAAACCAAUGACAUUAGAUGAACUCGAUGUGCGUUUUGGCCAUUUUACUUGGCUUGCGUUGGUGAUUCGUACAUAGUCACGUGACCAAAGAGGUUUUUGGAUCAAUGGCGCCAAAUGACUAUUACAGAAAAUGUGGCACCGGCUGUUGUUGUGUUGUGUCGAACUAAAAUGCCAUCAUGUAGAGAACGCUGUGACUUUCUAUACAAUGCUACUGCCUCGCUCCAAGUGUAAAGCAACAAGUGGCUCGUGAACAUGUAGCUUGUGAAUGCCUCAAGCAAGAUGUCGUUGAGAGGCACCAAGCGCGCUUCAGGGCCGCGCGGGGAGGAGGCCGGCGCGUCGAAGCGCCGCAGGACGGAGCCCGAGGACGCUCUCUGGCAGCUCCGGCCUGUCAGCGACCUCAAGAUGUCAUCCAUAUACAAUAGAAGUGCCUCCGAGGCACCUGCCGAACUAUUCAGGAAGGAUUUGAUCAGCGCAAUGAAGCUGCCGGACUCUGAGCCGCUCACCGCCUCGGAGUACUGGGUGAUCACGGACACGUGGAAACAGGACUGGGAGCGGGGCGUCCAGGUGCCGGUCAACCCGGACUCGCUGCCGGCGCCUAAGGUCCGGAUCACCGAGAAUCCGAAGCCGCCGGACUUCCAGGAGUUUAAAUUGCCUAAAGACAAGUACAUCCACUUGAGCCGCGACGCGACGUACGCGCCAGACAAGCACACGAUCACCACCGCACUCGCCCGCGCGGAGGCGGCGUGCUCGUACGACCUGGACGCGACCGACACCGCAUGGCUCAAGCUGCUGAACGCGGAGCGGGCGCGCGCAGGCGCCGGGCCCAUCACGGAAGACCAGCUAGAGAAGGUCAUCGAGGAGUUGGAGGUCCGGACGUGGGAUAAAAUUCAAGCCAUCAUGAAGUCGGAGGAGGGCCUGGGCAUAGAGUACGACGAGAACGUAAUCUGCGACGUGUGCCGCUCGCCCGACUCUGAGGAUGGCAACGAGAUGGUCUUCUGCGACUCGUGCAACAUCUGCGUCCACCAGGCCUGCUACGGCAUCACUGUCAUACCCGACGGUCAGUGGCUGUGCCGGCCGUGUGGCGACGGCGUUCGGCCCACGUGCGUGCUCUGCCCCAACCUCGGCGGCGCCAUGAAGUGCACGCCCACCGGCCACAAGUGGGCCCACGUCAGCUGCGUCCUCUGGAUCCCCGAAGUGUCUAUAGGUUGUGCUGAAAAAAUGGAACCUAUCACAAAAAUCUCCUCGAUACCGGCGUCGCGCUGGUCGCUCGUGUGUGUACUAUGUCGCGAACGAAAAGGUGCGUGUAUACAGUGCUCUGUAAAGACUUGUAAGACUGCUUAUCACGUUACUUGUGCAUUUAAACAUGGACUAGAAAUGCGUGCAAUAAUAGAGGACGAGAACGCAGAUGACGGUGUGAAGCUGCGCUCAUACUGUCAGAAGCAUAGUGUUAAUUCGAAGAAGGAGAAGUGUCCGGGCUCCGGCUCCGACGAGGAGGAGGUGAAACGCAAGCGGCGGAAGGACAUGACGUCGGAGGAGAAAAACCAGGCGCGUGCCGCGAGGCUACAGGAGAUAGAAGGCGAGUUCGACAAGCACGUCAGCGUCAAGGACGUGAGCACGCACCUGCUCGACGUCGACCAGGACGCCAUCAACUACAUAUACAACUACUGGAAGAUGAAGCGCCGCGCCGGCCGCAACCGGCCGCUGCUGCCGCCCAAGUCGGACGACAGCGAGCUCCUCACGCACCGCCAGGAGCAGGCCGACCUCGACAAGAUGAAGAUGUUCGUGCAGCUCAGGCAGGACCUCGAGCGUGUGCGGAACCUUUGCUACAUGGUCAGCCGCCGCGAGAAACUGUCGCGCUCAUUCUUCCGCAUGCGCGAACAGACUUUCCACAAACAAGUUGCGGUUCUAUCCGCGGACCCGACCAUUAGCGGGCCCGACUUAGCCGCUAUUAUCGAGGCCAACCACGGCCCCUCUAUUUACGACAGGUUGUAUUCCCAUCCCAAUGCUCCCGACCAUAAGAACGAUUUCGAAGAAAUGCUAGCUCGUAUCGCUCCACCCGAGUCCGGCGAUGAAAAGAAGAAGGAUCGCAACGGCAUGGUUAAAGGCGCGAAAUCGUCUAAUCCGUACAAGAAACAUUACGUAAAUGGGUCGCGGCGAAGCGGCAGCAUGUACAGCGGGCUAUCUAGUGAAGAGAGUGCUCCCGAAAUCUCACGAUCAACGCGAUUCCGCGGACGGGCAAUCGGCUCGAGCACGGACGACGACAAGAAAGCCUCUGGAUCACCAAAGAAAAAGGUGUCGUCAGGCAAAGGUAAGGGUAAAAGAUCGCCCAAGAAGAUCGAAAGGAAGAAGAAAAAGGUGCCACAGUCCAAAGCGCUGGUUGAGAGCAGCAGCGAGGAUGAAGCGCUUCAAUCCAGGAUAAAGAAAGACCGGUCACGUAGCAAAACGCUCCAACACCUUGAAAAGGAAAUGGCAGAGGCGGUGAAGUCGGGAGCUUCGGCCACCGACAGCGACGAGCUCAUGCCCAUCCGGACCACCAGGCAACAGAACAGCAAGUUUCCUGAUAACAUUUACUCUGACAGCAGUGAGGACUCCUCCGGCAAAACAGAUCUCAAAUCCGGUAAGGUCAAAGCUGAAAAGUCCAAACCAGACAAGUCACCAGACAACGACUCUCAACAACCCCUUCCUAGAACGAAGGCGGCAAUGAAAGAAUUCAUUCCAACCCAACCUGAAAAGAAGAGUCCUACUAAAAUUGCCGAGAAACCAGCUCCAAAGAAAAGAGGCAGAAAGCCAUCUAACAAAGGGGAAAAGAAGACUACUCCGAUCAAAAGUAAUGAUUCUGAUGAUGAAGCUAAGAAUAAGGAAAAUAUCAAAUUCUCAAAACAAGCAAGCAAGGAUCCUUCUGAUCUUAUUGUUCCACAAAGACAGGCUGCCAAGAAAGCUUCUGAGAAUAUGCGCUCCACCACCGGCGGCAAAAAAGAAGAGGGAGUUGCUGAAAAACCAAGCAGCGGUGACGAUACUAAACCAUCUAAACCAAAAAUACCUAUUAAGUCCAAGGGCAAAGAACCACCUAAAGAAAUCCCUGCCAAGGUCGGGCGCAAGAAGUCUUCGAAGGACGUUGAAAAAGAAACUAUAGCAUACGUUCCUCAAAGGCAAGCUGCCAAGAAAGCAGCCGCGCAUAUCAAGGGUCUGGGCACGAAGGCGCCUGUCGCCGAAACAUCUGACACUGAUAAGAAGAAAGAGGGUGAAAAGUCUGACUCUGCGAAGCUCACUCCUAAGAAAGAAGAAGGUAAAACCUCGAAGGCUCCCCAGAAGGAAAGCUCCAGUUCUUCAUCAAACUCGAGCAGCAGUAGCUAUUCCUCAUCAUCAAGCUCCGAAGAGGAACCCGAGAAGCCGGGCCUCAAACCGACGGCGAAAGCGCGAGAAAUCAAACCCGCCAUCCGGCAGCCAUCCAUGUUCUCACCGCCGGGCACUAGACCGAACUUGGACUUGCCCUUUCUCGACAAGGUGUCAAGACCAUUGUCUUCAACUAGUGCCUCGAGUGAUUCUGAAAGCUCUCAAGGGUCGCGAUUCUCCGGUUCCGGCAGCCCCUCUCCCAAGCGACCUCGCCGACGACGAAAGGGAAAGAGCCUCUCCACCGAUACGUCCCCUCGCAAGGCCCCUGACAAGAAGCUUAAAACUUCCGAACGGGGGUCCGAGUGCAGGGUAUCAUCACCGGCUCCUCAAGGAGAGGAACCAAGCCGAGCCGACGACGCGCGGGCCGCCACACGUGCUCGGACCAGAAGCAUUACUACAAGCGGAAAUAUGCCUAAUAAGCCUGAUGCCCGACAGAGAAAACCAUCUAAAGACGACAACGGAUAUGCCUCUGGCUCCAAUAAAACUCCCAAAGAGGGCAGCCAGCCCCGUGAGCUUCCAACUCCGGAGCGGAAAACGGACGAGGAGGUGAAACCCGAAAUCAAAGACGAGCCCGUCGUCGAAGCGAAACCCGUCAAGGGUUCCCCGCCCAAGCCCAGGACACGCGUCUCCGUCGACGAUAAAGACAAGAUCAAGUCGCCAGUUGCGGACCCGAUCUCAUCCAAACCCAGUCCUAGGAAGAGUGCAGAGUUGAGACAUAAGAGUAUUCCUAACAGACGCACGAGUGUUAAAGAGGUGUCGAAAGAUGUGACGAUACAUGAACCGCCGCGCGAGUCGGCCAAAAGGAAGAUACUUAGCAGGCAUGACGACGAGAACGCGACCGAAGCGCGCACCGCCAGUAGUCGCUCCCCGCUCAAGAAACCAGAAAUUACAGAAAAGCCCAAAGCGGUUGACAAAAAGAGCCCAAGGACAGUAAAUGAUUUCCAUGCCAAUGACAGGUACACAGAGAAUGAAAAACACUGGCUUGACAAAGCUGCCAGCCCCCUGCCGCCUGUAGAGAAAUUGGGCAGCCAUGACAAGUAUAUGACUGAAGAUAAGCUACUCGACUCUGAUGCGGCUGACAAGAACAGCAUAAAAAUGAUCGCAAAAAUACAGGCUAACUUGAACGAAAACAUGAUGAUCAAGUCACCAAAGACACCCAUGGACGCCCGAACGUUUAACAUAGAACCUAUAGAUGUGGAUAACCCGGUACCGCGGAACAUGAGGAAGCGAUCCACGCUGGAGGAGAAGAAGUUUAUAGCCCAAGAUGCCAGCCACCUGCAGGGCGUCGAGAUUUCUAAGAGUGCAAAGAUACCGUCGGUCAACCCCUGCCGUUCCAUGUUCUCUCCGCAAGGCAAAGACAACGAGCUCGAACGGUUCGAAUUUGACAUGUUGGGUAUCGACGACGGCUUCAACAACGAUGAGAUGAUCAAACCUUUUACUUACCCAGAGUUUAUAUUCAAGGAGGAGAAGGAGCAAGGCGUCCAGGAAACCCGGAACCUGGUCGAUAGACUGCGAAUGCAACUGAGCAGCAAGAAGGCCGAGGCUCAAGACGAACAGCCACUUCACGAUGACAAAGAAAUCAGAGAUGACGAUAUCAGGAGCCCACGUAAAGGCCCCGAAACUCCGCCGCCUAACAAAAACGCGGCCAACGAUAUUCAAGAACCCAAACUUUCGUCAAAUGACUUGGAACCUGUCAACCACGAGCCGCAUCCGGACGAGCUCUCGCGCAGAAAUAGCAUACAUGACAACAAAGACUGCCAGCCCAUACCCAUGACAAGCAAUGAAAAAUGGCGCAACUUGCCCCUGCAGCACAACGAAGUUGAGCUACCUAACGAUAGAAAAUACGACCGGUACAACGAAGACUCAAAAGAGCUGGCGACCGUUCAGUCCGACAUACAAUCCGUCUCUGAGGUGGGCGACAACGUAUCACUUUCCAAGCAAAGCGACGAUUCGCAAUCACUGUCUGUUGUCGAUCAUUCCAUUGCGAGCAACGACACGAUGGCCCUGGUUCACGAUAACUAUGAUAACAACAACUCGCAGCUUCAUUCCGACUGCGCUACCAUCUCAUCACCUUAUGUGAGCCAAGAGAAAUGGAGGGAGAACAAAAUAAUCUCGAGGCGGUCGUCCGCUUCGAGCACGUCAUCCGAAGGAUCAAUCUGCUCGCAGAAACCAGAGGACUUGAAACACGUGAAUAGUUGCGAUGCGCACAUCACAAGUCACAUGCUGCCAGAGCUCGAGCGAUACCCGCCUUUGCCAGCGUACGGUUGCCCCGUAGAGCCUGCCAUGCCGUUGAAUCAGUAUUCGUCGUACCCACAAGACGCGUCACCAUUCCUCAGUUCCAUGGGUUCCCUGCCGUUGUUCGGUGCCGGGGCGUGUGCUUCUGCUCAACUCACUUUACCCUCACCUGGGCCCGGUCUUUACCCACCUCCCGGCCUGUCCUACGCCAGUACUCCCCUCAUGCAACCUUUAUCUAAACCGGCCUUCCCAACGCUUUGCGCAGCGUUCACAUCUUCGUCGCAAAAUAUUGCGCUGACUACAGCUAUGAUUGCACCACCGACGCCGAAACCUCUCGACUCGCCUCGCGACGACGCUGAGCCCGUCGAUCCGCGCUCCACGAGUCCUAGCACUAUACACGUCGUCACGAGCCCUAGUGCCGACUCGACCGAAACCACCAGCAAAGCUCCCACUAAAUUAUCCAACGACAGCAACGAGACCAUGCUCAGUCUGCAUGCGCAAGAAUCCAAGUCUCCUAUUCCACCUAAAGCCCCGAAAUCUAACAAGUUCUCAGGGAAGUCUCCCGGCAAAAGCCCUAUAUCACCCAAACAGAGUGAAGCGCCCAAAGGUAAUAAACGAGCGAGCAACAGGAACAACCGAAGCCAGAGAGGCCGAGGGCGGUCAAAGAGCCGCGGCCAAGGCGCGCCCGGCUAUGACUACUCGGGCAACUCUAUACAAAGCAAACUCGUCGGCACAGUCUACGACUUCAACGAAGAAAUUGCGAAUGACGGCGUAGAUCUUAAAGCGUUACGAGAAAGGCGGAAAUCAAUCGACGUAAGAGACGAUAGAAAGUCGGAGGCUUCGUACAAGGACGCGUCGCAGUCGCCUCAGGUUUCAAGUCCGCAGGCCGCGAAGAAGACGCCGAGCGCCGAGGACAAGAGCGUGAAACCGCCGACGCCCGAGCCGCCCGACCCGCCCCGUGCGCCAGGCCUCAAGUCCGCGGAGCGCGGGCCAGGCUUCUCGCAGGUGCACCCCGUCCUGCCCGGGCCCGUCGACAUGCGCACCUACAACCCCUCGUUCGAGGGCACCGCGCCGCCGGUCGCCGACGCCUAUCACAGCCAUCUGUUGGCUUUCGCCAGCGGCACCGCCGACCAGCAGCUGCCCGACAUAGACGAGGACCUCGAGAAACAGCUGCACUCCGAGCUCAUGGCCAGCAAGCCGCGCCCCGGCUCUCCUGCACCGGCUCAACUCGCUCAGCCCGCGAAAGAUACCUAUACGCCUAACUUGCCCAAAGUGUCGCUAUCGGACUCCAGGAACCAACUCAAAGUGAAAAUCAAAGGGCCGUUCCUGGACGCGAACUACUCUAGCUCGGUGACGCCGGUGGCACCUCAGCCGCCGCCGCCCGCGCUCGACCCUGGCGCCGGCAUGGCGGCGGCCGGCGGGCCGUCCUCCAUGAUGACCGGCUCCACCAAUCUACGCCGCAUGCGGAAGAAGGAGUUGCUCCGCCAGUACUGGACGCAGGACAUGAACAUGGACGACCCGGCGGCGGGCGUGUCGCUGGUAGCCGUCCCGCCGCCGGCCGCGCCGCCUCCCAUCGCCCGCGCCGUCAUCACCAUCCCCAAAGCCGUCGCUUCCAUGACCAGCAUACCCACCCGGGACGAUUACAAGUCUGACGCGCCCGUGGAAAAGAAGAAGCGAAAGACCACGAGCGGCCUCUCGAGGGAGCUGCGGCACUUGGAAGUGAGCAUGAACGACGACGUGGACCCCUCCGACGACACCAAAUUAUCGACUUUGGCCGUCCCCGUUGUCUCCACGCCGGCGCACAAGCGGCGCGGCCGCGUCACCAAGCCGCCGCGGCCCGCAAGCUCGCCGGUCGCGCCUAAAAUCAAAAUAAAGAUCGGCUCCAACAUAGUCCAGCAGGUGGAGGAGCCCGUCGGCUUCCAGUUCCGGCCGCCCAAGAAGCGUCUGCACACCUCCGUCCCUGCCACGCCCAAUUUCAUGGAUUUGCGCCGCGAGAGCAUGAAGUACCGUCGCAUGGUCAUGGCAGACUUCGAGGAGGACGAGAAAACCAAGAAGGUGAAACCCAGCAAGGCCGAGAAGAGGAAGCGCAAAAAGGACAAGAAAUCGGAAAAGGAGAAGUUACAAGUGGUGAACAGUGAGAGUGAAAGUGGUGCCAAGUUGAUCAUAAAGAUUAAGCGCACUAAAGAGGAGGAAGCGGCCGCGGGCGGCGCGGCAGCGGCGGCGGCGGCGGCGCCCGAGCCGCCCGUGGACCCGUUCGAGUACGACCCCACCGCGCCCGACCCGCUCGCUAUCGACCCGCCCUCGGAAGCUUCCUCCGGUAUGCGUAAUAAAAUACGGACCGCUAAAGUGACGCCUAUUCGGUUAAAACUGGCGCGGAGCUCGCAGGGCUCGGGGUACGUGAUGAAGGACUUGGAGGGUGCGUCCACCUCCGCCGACGCCACGCCGCCCGCGCCCGCGACCGCGGCCGCCGCGCAGCCGCUGUCGCUUACUGUCAAUAAACACUGUGAAGUGAGAUGAUAUAAAAAAAAGAACGCGCGUUAAGCAGUGAUAGCGACACUUUCUCGAGCGUGAAUUUCUGUACAGAAAAUUUUAACUAUAGUGUCUGUAUAUUUUUAAAUAUUACGUCAUCUUUAUAACUAUUUAUUUGUAUAAAUGGAAAGCUCAAUGAUUAACUUAAAGUUACUCUAAGAUUUAUAAUAGUUUUGUGCAUUGUGUGAUGCACAAGUAAAUCUUAAUAUAGUACAUAGCUUAUAUAUUUUUGUUAAUGUUACUGUUUUACUUUGUGCCUCUUACGGAAUCUCAUUAAUUUUGUCAUAUGUGUAAUUAAUUAAAAUAUUGAAAUUAUAUAUUACAUAUAUUUUUCAAAAUUGCAUAGUUAUCACAAAUACACAUCACACGGUUAUUCAGUCUAUAUACAUUUAUUAAUAUGGCUGAUGUGAUUGACUUUUCACUCAAAAUUUUAUUUAUUAGAGGCAAACCACAUUAUUAUUAUAAGUUUUAGAACAAUUUUAUGUAUUAUUGAACAGUAAAGCGAUUCAAUUUCCGAAAGAGCCAAAGUAAAUCGUGAUGUAGGUGCUACAACUCGGGUUUCAGUUAGAUCACGCGCCGGCCUAAUAGUUGCACGGUUUAAAACCUUUCAUUUAGCUGCUGGUGAUAUGCCAUUCAGGAGCAGGC